AUGAGUGCAGAACCUGGAAAGGAAGACUUCUAUGACUAUGCAGACUUUUAUGAUAAUGCUCUUCCCACCAAGCAACCCACUGAAACGAUCCUGCCAUGUGACCCAAAAGUAGAUGAAGGCAUCUACCACAUAUGCAUUGCAGCAAUAUCCUUGGUGGUCUUGAUGAUCCUGGCAUUUCUGGCAAGGCGGCAGAAAGUUGUGGUCAGUCUAAAAGACAUUCCAGGUUUACUAAGCCCAGUGAAUUUCUUAGACCAUAUACAGCACAAAGCUCUUUCAGUGGCUGUGUUUGGGGUUCUUUUCUGCAAGCUUGUUGAGAUGGUUCUAUCCCGUACCCCACUACCCUUUACCAAGGACACAGAAUACAAAGAGUACUGGCUGAUCCUGGCACUCUUCUACUACCCUGCUUUGUACUACCCCUUGCUGGCCUGUGGCACCCUUCAUAACAAAGUAGCCUAUGUGCUGGGCAGCCUGUUGUCUUGGACACAUUUUAUAGUUUUGGUCUGGAACAAAGUGGACUGCCCAAAAACACCACAGAUCUAUAAGUACUAUGCCCUCUUGAGCAGCCUGCCUCAAAUUGCCUGUUUGGCCUUUCUCAGCUUCCAGUAUCCUCUACUUCUUUUCAAAGGCUUUAAAGAAACAAUAAAAAGUGAGGCAUCGGAGGAUUUAAAGAAUGCUAGCUACUACAAAGAUUAUGUUAAGGACAUCCUUAAAAAAAAGAAACCAUCCCAAGCCAGCUCCAGCAGUUCUAAUACCAAACUGUCUGAAAGAAUCUCUGGUGUAUUAAGAUCUUAUAUGUAUACACCUGAAAAGGUUUUCAGGUUCCCACUGAAGUUAGCCAUCUCUCUGGUUGUGGCAUUUAUUGCUCUUUAUCAGAUGGCCCUCUUGCUGGUGAUUGCAGUAGUGCCCACUCUUAAGAUUGUCCGAAGAGGAGUGAAUGAAGAUAUUGCGUUUCUCCUAGCUGGCUUCAACAUAAUUCUAUCAGAUGACCGUAAAGAGGUUGUGAAGAUUGUGGCAUACUACAUGUGGUGUGUUGAGGUGUGCUAUGUCUCAGCAGUGACCCUGUCUUGCUUGGUCAAUCUGAUUAUGUUCAUGAGGUCCAUGGUCCUGCACAGGUCCAAUCUGAGGGGUCUGUACAGAGGAGACAUUUACAAUGUGUAUAACUGCCAAAGAAGUAUAAGGCCAUCCCGUCCUGCACUGGUCUGCUGGAUGGGAUACACCAGCUACCAAGCUGCAUUCAUUUGCAUGGGUAUGGUCAUUCAAACUCUGGUGUUCUUCAUUUGCCUUCUGUUUGGUGUGUUUCUUGUCAUCAUCCCCAUCUUCUAUGGAAAAAACCUUUUGCUUUUCAACAUUGUUGGGAGAAUGUGGCCUUUCUGGUUGAUGUUGUUUGUGGUUGUGCUUAUCCAGCACCUAGCAUCCAAGUUCCUUUUUAUUAAAAAAGAAGCUGGAACACGAGACCUAACUAACAGAAGUAGUAUAUUUCUUCUGUCCUACCUGCUUUUCCUGGUAAAUGUGCUGGUUGGUUUGUUGGUUGCUGUUUGGAGGUUGGUUAUCACUGCUCUUUUUAACAUCUUUCACCUGGGCCGCAUGGACAUCAGCCUCCUCAACCGUGAUGUAGAGGCAUAUGACACAGGCUAUCGCUGCUAUGCUCAUUACUUAAAGAUUGAGGUCAGCCAGUCUCACCCUGUCAUGAAGGCCUUCUGUGGAUUAUUGUUGGAGUCUUCAAGCCAGGACAAAAGCUCUGGAGAGGCGGUCCGUUAUGCUGAGGAAGGAAUCCAACUGGUCACUCAGGACAGAAAGCAGAACAAGGUACCCAAUGCUAAGUGGGCACGUGGACACUGGCAUCUCCUCUACACACUGGUAAAUAACCCAUCCUUAGUGGGUUCCAGAAAGCAUUUUCAGCACCAGAGCUCAGAAAGUAUUCGGAAUGGGACUUUUAACCAGAGUUCCAAGGAUGGCGCCAAAAAAGAAAGCAGCACCACAAAAGCCAGUAAAGAGGCAAAUGAUGUGACAUCUAAAUGA